AUGGAUGUGGAGGAGUGGAAAUGUUUUAUAUGUGAACCCACUGCUAUUGAGAGCUUACAAGAAUUAACCAAAGCUGCUCUUGAUCAUCAAAACGACAACGACCCCACUGAUCUGUUAUUGGAGAAAUGUUCCGCCAUUUUUAACGGCGAUGCAGAUGUAAAUGAUUCAGAGAGAGAAGAGAUCAUUAAGGAGAGGUUGCGAUUGCGCAGAAAUAAAGUUAUCAAAGAAAUAGUUAAGAAAAGAAAGAUGUCAGUUAUUCUGAUAAAGAAUCAUGUCAGUGAUUCUGAUAAAGAAUCAAUUAAGAAAAGAAAGAAGUCUGGUUCCAAUUCAGAAUAUGAGUCACCUCCAGAAUCACACAAGAAGGUCAAAGAUUCAGAUGACAAAUCAAGAAGCUUAAUGGAGAGGAUUGAUGAGGAAGGGUCUAGUGAUUUAGAAGAAGAUUCCAAUGAAGAAGAUGAAAAAGAAGAUGAUAAAGUUAUCAAAGAAAUAGUUAAGAAAAGAAAGAAAUCUGCUUCUGAUGUCAAAUCACACAAGAAGGUCAAAGAUUCAGAUGACAAAUCAAGAAGCUUAAUGGAGAGGAUUGAUGAGGAAGGGUCUAGUGAUUUAGAAGAAGAUUCCAAUGAAGAAGAUGAUAAAGAAGAUGAUAAAGUUAUCAAAGAAAUAGUUAAGAAAAGAAAGAAAUCUGCUUCUGAUGUCAAAUCACACAAGAAGGUCAAAGAUUCAGAUGACAAAUCAAGAAGCUUAAUGGAGAGGAUUGAUGAGGAAGGGUCUAGUGAUUUAGAAGAAGAUUCCAAUGAAGAAGAUGAUAAAGAAGAUGAUAAAGUUAUCAAAGAAAUAGUUAAGAAAAGAAAGAAAUCUGCUUCUGAUGUCAAGGGUUAUGAGAUUUAUUGUCGGUGGUGCAGUGAACCCGGUAAUCUGGUAUGCUGUGACGAGUGUAAAACUCCUUUCUGUGAAGAGUGUAUCAGUAGAAGCAUUGGACUAGAGUAUUAUGAUUCCCUGAUGGAUGUGGAGGAGUGGAAAUGUUUUAUAUGUGAACCCACUGCUAUUGAGAGCUUACAAGAAUUAACCAAAGCUGCUCUUGAUCAUCAGAAUGACAACGACCCCACUGAUCUGUUAUUGGAGAAAUGUUCCGCCAUUUUUAACGGCGAUGCAGAUGUAAAUGAUUCAGAGAGAGAAGAGAUCAUUAAGGAGAGGUUGCGAUUGCGCAGAAAUAAAGUUAUCAAAGAAAUAGUUAAGAAAAGAAAGAUGUCAGUUAUUCUGAUAAAGAAUCAUGUCAGUGAUUCUGAUAAAGAAUCAAUUAAGAAAAGAAAGAAGUCUGGUUCCAAUUCAGAAUAUGAGUCACCUCCAGAAUCACACAAGAAGGUCAAAGAUUCAGAUGACAAAUCAAGAAGCUUAAUGGAGAGGAUUGAUGAGGAAGGGUCUAGUGAUUUAGAAGAAGAUUCCAAUGAAGAAGAUGAUAAAGAAGAUGAUAAAGUUAUCAAAGAAAUAGUUAAGAAAAGAAAGAUGUCAGUUAUUCUGAUAAAGAAUCAUGUCAGUUAUUCUGAUAAAGAAUCAAUUAAGAAAAGAAAGAAGUCUGGUUCCAAUUCAGAAUACGAGUCACCUCCAGAAUCACACAAGAAGGUCAAAGAUUCAGAUGACAAAUCAAGAAGCUUAAUGGAGAGGAUUGAUGAGGAAGGGUCUAGUGAUUUAGAAGAAGAUUCCAAUGAAGAAGAUGAAAAAGAAUAUGAUAAAGUUAUCAAAGAAAUAGUUAAGAAAAGAAAGAAAUCUGCUUCUGAUGUCAAAUCACACAAGAAGGUCAAAGAUUCAGAUGACAAAUCAAGAAGCUUAAUGGAGAGGAUUGAUGAGGAAGGGUCUAGUGAUUUAGAAGAAGAUUCCAAUGAAGAAGAUGAAAAAGAAGAUGAUAAAGUUAUCAAAGAAAUAGUUAAGAAAAGAAAGAAAUCUGCUUCUGAUGUCAGUGAUUCUGAUAAAGAAUCAAUUAAGAAAAGAAAGAAGUCUGGUUCCAAUUCAGAAUACGAGUCACCUCCAGAAUCACACAAGAAGGUCAAAGAUUCAGAUGACAAAUCAAGAAGCUUAAUGGAGAGGAUUGAUGAGGAAGGGUCUAGUGAUUUAGAAGAAGAUUCCAAUGAAGAAGAUGAAAAAGAAGAUGAUAAAGUUAUCAAAGAAAUAGUUAAGAAAAGAAAGAAAUCUGCUUCUGAUGUCAAAUCACACAAGAAGGUCAAAGAUUCAGAUGACAAAUCAAGAAGCUUAAUGGAGAGGAUUGAUGAGGAAGGGUCUAGUGAUUUAGAAGAAGAUUCCAAUGAAGAAGAUGAUAAAGAAGAUGAUAAAGUUAUCAAAGAAAUAGUUAAGAAAAGAAAGAAAUCUGCUUCUGAUGUCAAAUCACACAAGAAGGUCAAAGAUUCAGAUGACAAAUCAAGAAGCUUAAUGGAGAGGAUUGAUGAGGAAGGGUCUAGUGAUUUAGAAGAAGAUUCCAAUGAAGAAGAUGAUAAAGAAGAUGAUAAAGUUAUCAAAGAAAUAGUUAAGAAAAGAAAGAAAUCUGCUUCUGAUGUCAAGGGUUAUGAGAUUUAUUGUCGGUGGUGCAGUGAACCCGGUAAUCUGGUAUGCUGUGACGAGUGUAAAACUCCUUUCUGUGAAGAGUGUAUCAGUAGAAGCAUUGGACUAGAGUAUUAUGAUUCCCUGAUGGAUGUGGAGGAGUGGAAAUGUUUUAUAUGUGAACCCACUGCUAUUGAGAGCUUACAAGAAUUAACCAAAGCUGCUCUUGAUCAUCAGAAUGACAACGACCCCACUGAUCUGUUAUUGGAGAAAUGUUCCGCCAUUUUUAACGGCGAUGCAGAUGUAAAUGAUUCAGAGAGAGAAGAGAUCAUUAAGGAGAGGUUGCGAUUGCGCAGAAAUAAAGUUAUCAAAGAAAUAGUUAAGAAAAGAAAGAUGUCAGUGAUUCUGAUAAAGAAUCAUGUCAGUGAUUCUGAUAAAGAAUCAAUUAAGAAAAGAAAGAAGUCUGGUUCCAAUUCAGAAUACGAGUCACCUCCAGAAUCACACAAGAAGGUCAAAGAUUCAGAUGACAAAUCAAGAAGCUUAAUGGAGAGGAUUGAUGAGGAAGGGUCUAGUGAUUUAGAAGAAGAUUCCAAUGAAGAAGAUGAUAAAGAAGAUGAUAAAGUUAUCAAAGAAAUAGUUAAGAAAAGAAAGAAAUCUGCUUCUGAUGUCAGUGAUUCUGAUAAAGAAUCAAUUAAGAAAAGAAAGAAGUCUGGUUCCAAUUCAGAAUACGAGUCACCUCCAGAAUCACACAAGAAGGUCAAAGAUUCAGAUGACAAAUCAAGAAGCUUAAUGGAGAGGAUUGAUGAGGAAGGGUCUAGUGAUUUAGAAGAAGAUUCCAAUGAAGAAGAUGAUAAAGAAGAUGAUAAAGUUAUCAAAGAAAUAGUUAAGAAAAGAAAGAAAUCUGCUUCUGAUGUCAAGGGUUAUGAGAUUUAUUGUCGGUGGUGCAGUGAACCCGGUAAUCUGGUAUGCUGUGACGAGUGUAAAACUCCUUUCUGUGAAGAGUGUAUCAGUAGAAGCAUUGGACUAGAGUAUUAUGAUUCCCUGAUGGAUGUGGAGGAGUGGAAAUGUUUUAUAUGUGAACCCACUGCUAUUGAGAGCUUACAAGAAUUAACCAAAGCUGCUCUUGAUCAUCAGAAUGACAACGACCCCACUGAUCUGUUAUUGGAGAAAUGUUCCGCCAUUUUUAACGGCGAUGCAGAUGUAAAUGAUUCAGAGAGAGAAGAGAUCAUUAAGGAGAGGUUGCGAUUGCGCAGAAAUAAAGUUAUCAAAGAAAUAGUUAAGAAAAGAAAGAUGUCAGUGAUUCUGAUAAAGAAUCAUGUCAGUGAUUCUGAUAAAGAAUCAAUUAAGAAAAGAAAGAAGUCUGGUUCCAAUUCAGAAUACGAGUCACCUCCAGAAUCACACAAGAAGGUCAAAGAUUCAGAUGACAAAUCAAGAAGCUUAAUGGAGAGGAUUGAUGAGGAAGGGUCUAGUGAUUUAGAAGAAGAUUCCAAUGAAGAAGAUGAUAAAGAAGAUGAUAAAGUUAUCAAAGAAAUAGUUAAGAAAAGAAAGAAAUCUGCUUCUGAUGUCAGUGAUUCUGAUAAAGAAUCAAUUAAGAAAAGAAAGAAGUCUGGUUCCAAUUCAGAAUACGAGUCAUCUCCAGAAUCACCCAAGAAGGUCAAAGAUUCAGAUGACGAUUCUUUGACAAAAGCUGUCGAUAAAUUGAAGAAUUCAGAUGAUGAUUCUAAACCGCCCAAAAUAACAGCUGAUUCAGAUGAAGAGUCAGUGCCUUCAGUUGAUGUGUCAGAAAAAGGUUCUGCUAAGGAAAAACAUACAUCAGAUUCGUAUUCAGUAGCAUCCAAUGAGACCCUUGAUUUGGAAAAACCCUCCAAGAAACAUAACAGACAAUCAACAAAAUGCGAAACUGAAACCGGCUGA